AUGCGUUGUUCGCAUUCCGUACUGCUCGUUUUUACGUAUGGUUUUGUUGCUGCGAGUUCAGACGCCAAGGCUGAGCAAACACCAACCGUUUCCUUGGAGCAAAGUAAAGUAAGCUAUGAUGGAAAACUUUCAGGAACCGUCGAGCACUUCCAUAAUAUCAAAUUCGCCGAAGACACAUCCGGCGAGAAUCGAUUUGCCCCUCCAAAGCCCUUUACGCCUGCAUCAGGUACCAUUUUCAAUGCCUCGAUUCCCGGCCCAGCUUGCCCUCAACUUAAAGAUGCUAUGCUACCAUUCUUCUCGGAGAUAGGUGAGAUGAGUGAAGACUGUCUCAACCUACAUAUAGCACGUCCUGCGAACCUAAAAUCUACGAGCAAUAUUCCCGUCGUUGUUUGGAUACAUGGAGGAGGAGUUGUUAAAGGCUCCGGUUCUGAUCCCCAUUCGGAUCCAGACAGACUAAUCAAACUAUCGGUAGCCGAUGGAAAUCCUAUAAUAUAUAUGGCGAUCAACUAUCGUUUAAAUAUAUUUGGCUUUGCGCGUUUGCCUCUGUUAACCGACACCAAAUCUCUCAAUGUCGGCAUGCGAGAUCAACGUAUCGCUUUGGAGUGGGUCAAAGAUAACAUCAAAUCAUUUGGAGGUGAUCCAAAUCGUAUCACAGCUUAUGGCUUGAGUGCUGGGGGGCACUUCGAUUUCUCUGCAGACAAUGGCUUAUGGAGGAAAAAAGGGAGCUCCAUUCCAGCAGGCCUGGAUAAUGCAGUAGCACAAAAGAAAGGCUCUGCCUAUGGAGAUAUCAUCCCAGAUCGUCAAUCAAAUUUGAUGCGCGCGGGGAAAUUUGUCAAAGGGCUUCGAAUGAUAUUUGACUGGACCCAAGACGAUGGCGCAAUGAACGUGGGUCCAGGGCAUCUCGUCGUUACUGAGGAGGACAUGAAGUCACGUAUCCAACAAUUCUCGCAUGCAUUUUCUUCAGAGCAAUUCACAAAGUUAUUUUCUUUGUAUGAUGCAGCCGAUUUCGAAGAAGAGAAGUCUUACUACGAUUUGAACAAAGAAUCUACGGAUCCUGAUAUCUCGGUCCACUACUUUCGAUUGUCACGAAUUUUGCGAGAUAUUCUAUUUACAUGCUCAUCCAUUGAGUACGGAUACCACAUGGUAAAGCAUACACGUAAAGACAAGAACUUUGACUCGGACUUCUCUGUAGUGAGGCUGUACGAUUUGAACCAAAGUACUUUGGCGCCACUAUGGAAGGGUGCUGGGAUGCCAUACGUGAGAGUAUCGCACGGAUCUGACACCAAUUACAUCUUCAAUGGUUUAUGUCCCGAACUCGAAUUGAGCCAAGAAGACAAAGAACUUUCUGAAUUAUUCACAAGAAGUUUUAUCAAUUUUGCCUAUAGUGGAAAUCCCAUAUCUGAAUCGAAAGAUCAGAAGCAAUUUCCGGCAUGGCCAGAGUCGUAUGCAACGAUUAGAGAUACGGAUCAAACACCUCACGAACUCAACAUCCAGGUAACUGGGGGACCUUAUGGAACUGGAUCGGUACAUUUGACAGAAGAAGCAGAGGGUGAAAGUAUUCCACAAGUUGGAAACAUGCAGCAUCUCAGAUAA